ACCAGGCCAGGAAGGCCCCGCCCCAGGGGCAGGCUUUGUUGGAUAUUGCAUAAAGGCAGGGCACCAAGCAGAACUGGACAGCCAGGAAGAAGAGCACUUGGCCAGGCCUCAGGAUGGAUUCCCUGGAGGCCACGCUGAGGCAGCUGAGGGAGGCCUUCAACACCGGUCGGACACGGCCGGCUGAGUUCCGGGUGGCACAGCUGCAGAGCCUGGGCCGCUUCCUGCGGGACAACAGACAGCUGCUGCAGGAUGCGCUGGCAGAGGACCUGCGAAAGUCAGUUUUUGAGUCAGAGGUGUCUGAGAUUGCCAUCAGCCAGGCUGAGGUGGACCUGGCCCUCAGGAGCCUGCGGUCCUGGAUGAAGGACAAAAGAGUUCGCAAGAACCUGGCCACACAGCUGGACUCAGCCUUCAUUCGGAAGGAGCCCCUUGGACUGGUGCUCAUCAUCGCUCCCUGGAAUUACCCUCUGAACCUGAUGCUGGUGCCACUGGUGGGGGCCAUUGCCGCAGGGAACUGUGUGGUGCUCAAGCCGUCAGAGGCCAGCAAGAGCAUCGAGAAGGUCCUGGCCGAAGUCCUGCCCCGCUACUUGGACCAGAGCUGCUUUGCUGUGGUGCUGGGUGGGCCUCAGGAGACGGGGCAGCUGCUAGAACACAGAUUCGACUACAUCUUCUUCACAGGGAACCCUCAAGUAGGCAAGAUCGUCAUGGCCGCGGCUGCCAAACACCUGACACCCAUCACCCUGGAGCUGGGGGGCAAGAACCCCUGCUACGUGGAUGACAAUUGUGACCCCCAGACCGUGGCCAACCGUGUGGCCUGGUUCCGAUACUUCAAUGCCGGCCAGACCUGCGUGGCCCCCGAUUACAUCCUGUGCAGCCAGGAGAUGCAGGAGAGGCUGCUGCCUGCCCUCCAGAGCGCCAUCUUGCGUUUCUAUGGCGACGACCCCAAGACCUCCCCCAACUUGGGCCGCGUCAUCAACCAGAAACAUUUCAAGCGACUCCAGGGAUUGCUGGACUGUGGCCGUGUGGCCAUUGGUGGCCAGAGUGAUGAAAGUGACCUCUAUAUUGCGCCCACGGUGCUGGUGGACGUACAGGAGAUGGAGCCGGUGAUGCAGGAGGAGAUCUUCGGGCCCAUCCUGCCCCUGCUGACUGUGAGGAGCCUAGAUGAGGCCAUCGACUUCAUCAACCGGCGGGAAAAACCACUGGCGCUGUACGCCUUCUCCAAGAGAAGCCAGGUGGUCAAAGAGGUGCUGGCCCGGACCAGCAGUGGAGGCUUCUGUGGCAAUGAUGGCUUCAUGCAUAUGACCCUGUCCAGCCUGCCUUUCGGAGGAGUGGGCAACAGCGGGAUGGGCAGUUACCACGGCAAGUUCUCCUUUGACACCUUCUCCCACCACCGUGCCUGCCUGCUGCGCAGCCCCAGGAUGGAGAAGAUCAACGACCUCCGCUACCCGCCCUACUCACCACGAAACCUCAGGGUGCUGCGGGUGGCCAUGGAGGAGCGCUGCUGCAGCUGCACGCUGCUCUGAGUAUGGGUGCUGGGGCUCAGGGCACCCUCCCCAGGCCACAGCUGCUGGGGCCCAAGCCUGGGAUUCAGAGCCCAGGCCACAGACCAGUUUGCUUAACCCAGACAGGUGUGGCCCUCCUCCUUCUGGGGCUUCCGUGUGUGGGCCUCCGACUGCCCUGAAUGAGAUAGGCUUAGAGUGGGAAAGUGGAAAGUGGUGCAGUGGCCUGUGCCCUGAGCCAGCUUUGGUGUCCCUAGGAGAAAACAGUGCACUUCUGAGCUACCCAACCCCUUGAGGAGGGUGUAGCCGGAGAGCUGUGACACCUGGCCCAAGUCACAUCCUGUGACUGUGUCCUUGGACCUGUUUCCCAUCUGCACAGUGGAGAUGACUGAUACUGGAUUCCUCCUGAGAACGAAGGGAAUAUUAAACUAAGAGUACUGACCCUG